UGCAGUCCUAGUUUUCUAGUGUUACCAUUCUUGCCGCCUCCGCUGCCGCCGUCGGCGUCGUCGCAACUCGCGCCGCCUCGUGCGCCCUCGCUGCCGCAACACUCUGCCUCUUGUGCUAUACGGGCCGCAAUCGUUCGUCGGCUCUCCUCCAGGACGUGUUAUCCUCCGCCGUUGUCGCCGCCGGUGUGCGUGUUUACACACGCUCGCGCUUGGGAUACACACGAUUUUUGCCGCGACCCCAAAAACCGCCGAUUGUUGAUUGUUUUUGAUGCGUUUUUCGUGUACGCGAAAGUUUUUCCCGCACUGCGAGGACGAGAGGACGAAAACCCAAGGAUCACGAAAAAGUUUCCAACGCGUAAUCAGUGGUGUGUUGUUCUAAAAAAACAACAAAAAAAGUUUAAAAUAUUUCCAAAGUUUCAACAUUCUAAACUCAACCAAAUCUAAUAAAAAAAUACUAGAACAUUACUUCAUAACUUAUUAUCGGCUAAUUGAUAAUAUAAUCGUGCGCACUAAUAUAUAAUCUUAUAAAUACUAACAAAAGAUAAAUAGAAGUAAAUUACAUUAGUCCAAUUAUUAUACUCUAGUAAAAUAUAAAAAUUCUUUGAAAAUAUAAAUAUUUUAUUAUAAACAAAAAAUUAAUAGGCUUCUACAGGCUUUGGAAAAGAUAUAAAAAGUAAAUGACUUGCUACCAAAUAACGCGUAGAAAACACAAUACAGAGCAAAAAAACGAUAAAUAGCAUUAGUUAGCUUAUGCGCAUAUUCUUUAAUGUAUACCAAGAAGACAUAACCAACAAAAAGUGUAGGUACACAAAAUAUAAUAACGACAAAAUCUGUUUUACUCGUGCUGAGUGUUAAAUUAAAUUGAACAGAAGUGUUGUGAAGUUCAUCAAGCAUCAAAAAGACUGCAACCAUACAUACACAGGACUAGAAUUCAUCAUAAAUCUAAUAAGAUAGUGAAGUCUAGUGCGUCAUUGAAACAUUUUCAUCUUCCUGAAAACUACAUCUUAAACAACGGAAACUGCAUAAAAUCCAUCUGGUUGAAUGUGAAUCGUGAAGUCUUCGGGCGACGACGACACGGUGGAUGAAUGCAUGCGUGCGCUUCCUGGAUUCAUACAAAGACCAGAUUAAGAUCUGGAUGAAAUUUACUAAUUAACUGAUGGAAUAGUGGUCCCCAUUUGGCGCUUGUAUCGAAAAUGGCGUCACCGUUAACGAUACCACUCUUUUUGGUGGCUUGUGCAUUGGUGCUGCUGCCGGUACUCAGCGAAAAAGACUGGACGACCGAGUGCAACAAGUGUAAAUGUGUUUGGUCGAGUGGCAAAAAAUCCGCCGACUGUCGCAACCUACGCUUCAGUCAGAUCCCUAACGACCUCAGUAAAGAAGUUCGUGAGAUUGACUUUUCGGGCAAUCCACUUUACCAGCUCCGUCAGCGUGAGUUCGACGACGCCGGACUGCAAAAUGUGCACAAGCUCAAGCUGGCGAACUGCAGUAUUGAAGAGGUGGACCCCAGCGCUUUCGAGCGACUAAUGCUGCUCAUUGAGCUGGACCUUUCCAACAACAACAUCAAGAAGCUGGACAACAUGGUCUUCAAGGCCAAUGUUAAGCUGAGAAUCUUAUAUUUGUCGCAUAAUAAAUUGCGGCAACUAGGGAGUAACAUGUUUCCGAACAUGACGCACCUUCAACGGAUUCAUCUGGAUGACAAUCGUUUGGAGGUGAUUAGCGAGGAUACUUUCGGUCCCACGUGCCCUAUAACGCAUUUGUCAUUGGAGAACAAUCGGCUGACUUAUUUAGGGCCCAGUUUCACGGAUAGAAUGCAAAAGUUGAGUAGUAUUGAGCUUGGCGGUAAUCCGUGGAUGUGCGAUUGUAAGCUGGAAUCGUUUAGGAAACUAGCGCUGGUGAAUAAUUGGAUCACACAACCCAUUGAGUGCCAGCAACCGGAACGCCUAAGAGGCAGAAAGUGGGCUGACGAGAGCGUGAUCUUUGCCUGCGAGCCGAAAAUCAUCGAACCCUCGCCCAGCGCGGUACUGGAGAUUGACAGUGUUAAUUACACUAUACCCUGCAAGGUUGAAGGUGAUCCUCGUCCGUCUGUUGUUUGGAUGUCGAACGGACGGAGUGUAGACACACAUAGAAAUUCACAAAAAUAUCACGUGUCCAGUUCGAAAGAUUGGCCCUACUGGGAUAAUUUGACUAUAAUUAACGUGAGCUAUCGUGAUCGCGGAGAUUAUAAGUGCAUUGCCACCAAUCCGGGUGGUUCUGACGAGCGUAACGUCACCGUGUAUCUCAGAGGUACGGAUUAUUUGGGUGGUGGCACUUUAUCGUCCACUUCAAUGUCCAACACUAUGUUGCUGAUUAUUCUCCUGGCUGCCGGUGCGAUUAUUCUACUUGUGGUCAUCAUGCUGCUCAUCUGCUGCUGCUGCAAGCGCACUGAUAACCAUGAGCGCUUAACCAAGAACAAUCCAAAUCAAAAGGAAAUGCAGGAGUUCAUCAGGAAUAAUUCCGACUCUAGACACGAUGACGGCCGGAUUACUAGUGUUAAUCCUGUUUCCAAACCGCCGAGGCAGCAUUCUGUGCCCACUUCGGUUAUUAGCGGUGGCACUGAAGUCAGUGAUGCCAAGACCAAACUCAUUGAUGAUGAGUCUAUUUACAAUGGUGAUGAAGAAAUGAAGUUGUAUGAUUAUCCUGCUUUGAAAGCUCCAAAGCGGAACCCAAUGGUCGAUGAUUAUAAAACGGAUCACUAUCCUCCAGAUCUGUUGUCAUUUCCACCGAGGGCAACUCACCAAAUUUCGCCAGCUGGAAGUUCUGCAUCUACAGUUGCAGAUACUACCAGAUUACCACAUCAUGGGAUGCAUUCGCCAAUUCACAGCCCAUCGUACGACCAUUCAAACGCUCUCUACAGGACACUGCCCUACUCUAGGUCGCAUUCGCCAUUUGCUUCUAAUGGUGUUCAGCCUUUGGCUAGGGUGUCCCGCCCGGGAGCAUAUGUAACCAUUCCUAGACGACCUCGCUCCAGCUGGAGUAGCGAACCUCCCAACAUGCCCGAAGUGGGCGAACCCCUCUACGACAAUCUGGGCCUACGCACUACGGCUAAAGGCGCCUCCGCGCUAUCUCUCAACAAGCUGGACGCUACAUCUCCGGCUGGAACGCCAACGCGUACCGCACGGCCGAAUAUGCCGUUGCUAUCACCGCAACCUUGUGAUACCAUCGCCGAGCACGAGUCCCCGCCUCGUGCUCUCACCGCAUCUACGCUGCCGCGAAACCUCGCUGCGCAUCGUGCGCUAAGUCCUCAGUUUGAUCUGCGUAGUUCGUGGGCGCGCAGCUCCGAUACUGACUCGCGGCGCGACUCUACAGCAUCGCUCAUCCCUACCGACGGCAAAUCACCUAAGAUCCCGCCGCGACCUCCGCCAAAGCCUAAGAAGCGCACCUCUACCGGUCCCCUCUUCGAGGACGAGGGUGAGGAUGGUACCGAGGUGUGAGAAUGGCUUUUACUAGUGCUCACUCGAGCACUGGUCGUGUAACAUACAAAGAUACGCUAAACUGUUGGUGCUACCAGAUGCCACGCAGUGCGGACCAAUGACGGAUGGAACGAUUGAGCCGUGUUCACUUACGAUAAUCACAGGGUUUCUAGGACGAAUAGCUUGUAUAUAACUUGCGGUCGAACGCGGUCAGAACGCGAUGGGAUGUUGAUUGUGCCUUACAUGUAAAUUACGACUCGUUUCAUUCGGCGAUCUUCACCACUGUUCUUCUCUCACGUACGACGACCUAGCUCAGUACUGCUUCGGUUGUUCGAACACUCGACACUAGUACCUCGGGCUUCCAGUUGAAUGUUUUCGGACUACACUUGCGUAUACUUGUAAUAAUGGAACUAAGCGUACAUUAGCGAAAUUUAAUCCAUAUUCGAAAAACGCAUGCGUCUUAUUUAUUUUGUACUUUUAUAUCGAUGAAGACUAUACUAGUAGAUUGUGAGUUGAAUGCGAGAUUGGCCCAUCUAAACUUGUUAACCCGACCACGAGGACAAUCGUGCUGAAAACACUGAUCUCUUAUGUUAGCGUUUAAGAUUAGACAUAAGACGAAACAACAAUCCGCAGUUCAGUAUUAUACAAACAGACAGUCGGCGGCGAUAAUCUAUGAGGUGUGUUAGACAGUUGGAAUGAGUUCAUUCUAAUUGUCAAGAGCCCAGAUGUAAACAUCUUUCCGUUGUUUCGAUAAGUUAGUUCAUUGUAAAUGAUUCAUAGCUCAAGCAACAAAGAAUGCGAAUGUAAGAUCAUCGAUAAUUGCACGCCACUGACGUAACAUGUAAUUAAUUAACAAUAAUUUCAAAUGUGUGCUCUCUCUAUCUCUGGUUUCGUACAUGAAAUGUAUCAUCCCUCAUGUCAUUCUGUAAAUAUUGCCAUGACAUUUAUUGACGAAUCAAACAAAUUUGUAAACAUAAGCUACGAAAACUAAACAAUUUUAUUACUGUGACCAUUGAUUGACAUAACUAUUGUAAAAUUUUGUACAGAUGUACAAAUCAUUCCUCGACAUAUUGUUAAACAACCAACAAAUGCUUUUCGGUGUUAUACAUUUAUACAUUUUCAAUAUCAAAAUUUCAAAGUAAACCUAAAGCCUGACCCAAAAAUAAAGUUAUAAAAUUAAUUAAAUUUAACUCGAUUUAAAACGAAUAACAACGGCUUGUAUAAAAUAUUAUAGUAUCUACAUCAAAAAUAUAAUGUACAUAUUCCUAUUUUCUAAAUAAUUGUAUAAUGAAUUAUGUUAAUUUGGAUUAUGAUAGAUAAUAUUAAUGAUGCUACAUGUAAAUGUUUUAUUGUCAUGGAAAGAAAAACAAGAUAUAUAAUCAA